AUGACUUUUGAAACAAAAGUAUUAACACCAUAUAUUAAAUCAAUACUACUAGAUAAUUUCACUCCUCAAGAUUUAUCAACUGUUAUAAAAUUAAUAUUUAAAGGUCAUGCAUCAGAUAUUCAAAUUGCAUCAUUUUUAACUGCAUUAAGACAAAAGGGAUUAGAUCAAGAAUCAGAAUAUAUAGCAUCAGCAGUAAAUACUGUAAUUGAAUUUGCAGAAACCAUAGAAAGUCAUUUAGUAGAUGAAAAUGGUUAUAUUGAUAUAGUAGGAACUGGUGGAGAUGGACAAAAUACUUUUAAUGUUUCAACUUCAUCUGCAAUUGUUGCAGCAGGUAUUGGAUUACCAGUAUGUAAACAUGGUGGGAAAGCAAGUACUUCAACUUCAGGUUCAGGGGAUUUACUCAAGUCACUAGGAGUUGAUUUAUCAAAAAUAAAUGUUGUGACAUUACCUGAAAUUGUUAAAAAAUCAAAAUUUUGUUUUUUAUUUGCACCUUCAUUUCAUCCAGGUAUGGGAAUAGUAGCAAAUGUUAGAAGUCAAUUAGGUAUACCUACAAUUUUUAAUAUAUUAGGACCUUUAAUAAAUCCAAUUCCAAUACAAUCAAGAAUUUUAGGAGUUUAUAGUGAUAAAUUAGGUGAAAGUUACGCAAAAGCAGCUUCUAUAUUAGCAAAAGAAAGUAAUGUACAUAAAAGAACAAUGGUUGUAUUUGGUGAAUGUGUAUUAGAUGAAAUUGCCCCAUGUGGUUCUACAAAAAUCUGGUUGGUAGAAAAAAAUGGAGACAUCAAGAGAGAUCGUAUAUCACCAAAAGAUUUUGGAUUACCUGAACAUUCUUUAGAUAAAGUGAGGUCCGGUACACCUGAAGAAAAUGCUAAAAUCUUAAAACAUAUCUUAAAGCAAGAUCACGAUGAAUUUAUAAUAAGAGAUUCAGAUAAUCAUCCUAUAGUUGAUUAUAUUUUGUUGAAUACAGCUGCUCUUGCAUAUGUUGCUGGUUUAACUGAUAAUUGGAGAGAUGGAGUAAAAUUAGCAAAAGACUCAAUAAAAAGUGGUAACGCUUUGGGGGCUUUAAAUAGUUUGAUAAAUUGUAUAGAAUAA